AUGUCACAAACCGAAAGAGAAGUGUGUUACUUAAAGUGUAUAAUAAAUUCCGGAAAAGUAGAAUUCGUUUGGUCAGUAAUCACACCAUCUAGCUGGGAUUGGAUCGGAUUGUACGAAGACGAUAACAAAGAAAAUAGAGAAUGGUUUGAUGGAUACUGGUUCUAUAUAAGUAGUCACAGUAGUCAUUCAUCUCUUCCUGAUGGUCGACAUGUAUACACUGGCAAUCAUUGGAUCGAAACUGUUUCUGGAGGAAACCAAAUAAGAUUAAAUACUUAUGAAAAUUACAGAGAAUAUAACACUUAUUUGUAUGCUAAUGUACAUAACCCUACGUUUAAUUACUUUGAAAUGGAUCGGGUUAACUAUCUACGUGGGGCACUGCAACAUAUAUUCGAUAGACACAAAGAAGAUUGGGGAUUUACUGAAAAUGAUAACUGGAAUAACCGAAACGGAGAGAAACUUCAGAGGAAUCUUCAAGAGUUCAUUGGAAAGAAUAUAAGCAACGUUUAUAGUGGAAGUUUUAAGGAUGAUAGUGCAUACUUUAUAGUUGAUCCUGUAACUUAUAAGUGUGUUAUAAUUCACCGUAGGGGAGGUAGAGAUUAUCAAUUAUGGUCUGGAUGGGGGUUAAGUGAAGAUCAAUACGAAUGUGCAACACAACCACCAUUUAAAUUACGUGCAGUUGUAUUCAUUGUAUAUGAAGAUGUCCUCAAUGAGAUUGCCAACUCCGAAGGUGAAAGAAAUGAUUUAAUUAACCUAUUUGUAAAACUUGUCAAGAAGGAUAAAAAUCAUUACAGCGAUAAAGUGUAUGACCAGAUUUCAGACUUUUUUAUACUGGCUGAAGGUUAUAUUCCGUUGUCAUUCGAAGGGAGAGAUGAAAUUAAACCAGAAGACAACUAUGAGCUUGACUAUGGAAAGAUAAAGAAAAAGGCAGGAACUAUUUUGGGGACACUUGAAAAAUUAGCAGUCUGA